CGUCGUGGGAGGCCGCGUGGCGUGGAGGUUCGGUGGGAGCCUGUGGGCGAACGUGACCCCGCGGGGGUGGCGGGAUGCGAGGAGGAGAGGAAGGCAACUGAAGGGCUGAAUACAGCUGUGAUGUACAUCUGUUUGAUGAAGAAGGUGUCGAUUUUUCACAGUCACUUUCCAAAAUUAUCUGGAUUGAAAAGUAAGACAAAAUAUGACAGAAGAAGCAAGUGCAGAUGAUUUUCAAGUUCGGGAUUUUCUCAAGAAGAAGAAGAAGAGAAAACACAAAAAAUACAGAAAGAAACAUGAAAAUGAGGAAAGAGAAAGUAUAGAAAAUGCAGAGCUUAGCUGUCCUUCUCCGCUGCUGUUGGAAGAUGGAGCAGCACAGAAUGGUGAAGGCUGUAAAAAGAAGAAAAAAACCCAAAAUGAGGGGGAGAAGCAAGAGCCUUCAUUAGAUAAUUCUUGUGUAGGACUGGACUAUGAAAUUAGUAAUGAAACUGGAGUGGAUGUUUCCCCAAAGAAAAAGAAAAAAAAAAAAAAGCGGAAGUAUCAUGAUAGUACAGAUGCGCAAAGCGAUGUAACUUGUGUUACAGUAAAUCAGCAUAGCAGUGAUGCUUGUCAGGAGUUUGAUGCUGAUUAUAUUUAUUUAAAACAAUCUGUUAAGAAGAAAAGAAAAGAUAAAUUGCCUGAAGAGGAUGAGAUACAUAAGCUGCCUACCUCAGAAACAUGUGAUGAAAAUUAUAAUAUAAGCUCAAAAAAGAAAAAAAAGAAGAAGAAGAAGAAAAGAGGCAGUAGUACCCAGGAUUUGCAGGAGGACACAGGUGUAACCGUUGGCUCGUCACUGUUGUCAUCUCCAGAGCAAAACAGGCAAGGGGAAGACACAGUCUUGCCAUUACCUGCAGAACAGGGCGCUGUGGCAAUGCCCCAGCAGCGGCAUGAAGGUGGUGACUGCGAUGAUUCUCCUGCCAUGAGUGAAGAUCCUGUGGAUGCACCUGCUAAUUCUUCUAAGCAGACUAAAGCAGGUGAUGAAUCUCCUCGAAAAACUCCAGGGCGUUCUAGAAAGGCAAUAAAAAGCAGCGCUUUUGUCAUGGAAGAAAGCUCUUCAGAAUCUGAUGUCAUGACACCAGAACCCUCGGCAUCAAAGAGAAAGGAGGGCCAGGAUAGUUCCUUCUCUGAAAUGGCAGCCACUGAUGAGCCUAGUCUGGAUGAGGAAGAUUGGCUGGGCUAUACCAUGUGUUCAGUCAUGGAUCUGGAUACAGCAAAACAAGAAUUGGAACAGUUUAUUCCUCAUGUGAGGAAUAUAUCGGAUGAUUCAAUCAGGAAGAUGGCUGGAAGAGACUUAAUGAGGUUUAAACAGUUUCAGAAACAAGGUAUUGCUGUCAAGUUUGGUAGAUUUUCUGAGAAGGAAAAUAAUCAAAUCCGGAAGAAUGUUGAAGAGUUCUUAUUGAUUACUGGAAUAGACAGUGCUGAAAAACUCCUGUUUACCUCAAGGUAUCCAGAAGAUAAAGAAACUAUCAGUCGCCUAAAAGUAGAACAUCAUUUUUGUGAAAAACUUUCUGAGGGCAUACCGCGACCCUGGAGGCUGAUAUAUUAUCGAGCAAGGAAGAUGUUUGACCCAAAUAAUUAUAAAGGGAGGUAUACUAAGGAUGAAAAAGAAAAAUUAAAGAAAUAUCAUGCUCUGCAUGGCAAUGAUUGGAAGAAGAUCUCUGAGAUGAUGUCCCGUUCUAACCUCUCAGUUGCUAUGAAAUACUCUGAAAUCAAGUCGGCUAUUAAUUAUGGUCCUUGGUCAAAGGAAGAGACCCAGAAGUUAAUGCAUGCAGUGGAGGAGGUGAUUAGGAAAAGAAUGAAAAUAGAAGAUAGAAAUUCUCUUUCAUCAUCGGAAAAGUCGCAUAGAGAGAUCUUGAUUGACCGUGAGAGACUGUACCAGAAACUGCCAUGGACCGAGAUUGAAGCUAAAGUGGGAACGCGGUAUUGGAGACAAUGUAAACAGAAAUGGACUACAAUUUUAACAAAGAAGAUGACCAAAGGGCAGCAGUUAUAUAAGGGGACCAAAAGAUUACAGGCCAAGAUCAAUCUUAUUAAAAGAUUGUAUGAAAUGAAAGUGGAGGAUGCUAAUGAAGUAAACUGGGAAGAACUCAGUUAUACUAUUGGAGAUGUCCCUAGAUCCUAUGUUCAAGCAAAAUUUUAUAAGCUGAAAGCCUCCUGUGUCCCUUCAUGGCAAAAAAAGACUUUUUCUGAAAUUGUUGAUUAUCUUUUUAAAAAGAAGCUUCCGGAACUUGAAGAAAAGUUAGAAAAAGGGAAAGGGAAAGGGAAAGACCUUAGUUCUGACAGUUCAACAGCCAGCCAACAGAAGAAAGCUUUCCGAUUCAGUGAAAUUUUUGACUCCAGUGAAGAGAGUGAUUAAUUGACUGCCUUAAAACCAAUUUCUAGUCUGCAUAUAUAACUGCAGGAUGCGUCUGGGUGAAAGUGGGUGCAGAUCAACAACUGCAGGUACUCAGGCUGACAAUGGAAAAAGGAGAGAUAUACACGUCUGAUUUUGUUUCAUAUUGAAGACUGAGGUAAAUACAGUUUUUGUGCCACCUUUUGUUACCUUGAUUUAGCUCUGGUUUUAGAAAUCUGCUUUUUAAGCAUUGAAGUUGCUUUCUGAAUGUCUCGACAAUAGUAUGUUUUCUACUCCUUUGUUUUCUGUGGAGUUGAAAGCUACUGUUCACCCUUUGUGCAUGAACUUGGUUUUCAGAACUUCAAUGAAUUUUAAGUAAUAAAAAAUAAAUUCCUGGAAUUGGGAAAAGGCUUUCAAUUUGCUUUUAAAUCUCUAUAAUAAAAAAAUCUUAAGACAUCUGUGUUGAUAGAAACAGCAUAACUUUGACUUUGUUUUGUUGUUUGUUUUUUUUUUUUUAACAGAUAUCUUGUUCUUAAAAGCACCUGAGUUUUAUUUUUAUAGUAGACCUAUACUUUUAUCAGCCCGUCUAGAGGAAAGGGAUAUUUGUUUGUUACUGUUCAUAAAUUGUAAUUUCAUUUCAUGCUAAACAGAACAAUGCAUUUUAAAUGUUUUUGUUAAUAUUUGGAAUACAGAGACACAUAUAUGUAUUUCUAUUGUGCCAAGGAGAAUUUCCUAUUAAAAUGUGGAAAGUUGAGGGAUAAGAUGGAGGUUGUACUCAUGUUGUUGUAUGAUAUUUUUAACUAUCUGCCAAGAGUGAUAAUUUGUAAAUGAAUGCUUUAAAAAAAAUCUUACUGUGCAUGUAAAGUAUUUAUAUGGCUUGUUUAUAUUUUCUGUUGGAAAGUAUUGGGAAGUAAUGCAAGAAGGCUUUGUUUCUGACAUACUGCUUUUGAUAAGCGAGACUUCCCUUCUUUAAUGAUUGUCACUGAAAAUGCAGAACUUCCAACAGCUUGAAAUAAAGGCCUUGUCAGAGGUUU